AUGGUCUCUGCAUCCGAGAAGAAAAGCAAAAAAGCGAACAAUUCUGUGAGAAUAGAAGAAAACUGGGAACCUGAUGUUACCGUUCCACCAACCAUAAGCGACGAUGAAGAGAAUGAACCGGCGCAAAACGUUGGGCAAGAGCCUACCCUAACGAAAGUUACUGUAGCGGAACUGUGCAAGCAACGAGCCAUACCCAGUGUUUUGGAAAUGCGACUUCAAGAGUACUUUGAACAACAUCCACGCAUACAACCCUUGGCAUCAUCCGAAUCGAACACCGUCGACAUUGAUCUAGCCGACUCAGAGGAAGAAACUUGGAUCAUUCAAUGUCCCUCCACCAUUAACGUUAAAGCCGAAUUGAUGGCAAAGAAAAUUAACCUAGAUGCUGGCCAUUCGACGAUCAAGCAUUGCUCCGUACCGCUCGAGGCACACGUGCAAAUCAAUAGCGAGGAGCGUGUGGUAGGGUUGCUGUCUGGAUCACGCGUAAAAUCCUUCGUACCGGUCGGAUUUGUCCGCAUUAAUCAAGCGCUACCUUUAUUGGACGUACCGGUACCAUCAAACACGGACAGUUCGAACCAAGUUACUGUACCCUAUCCGAGCGAAAUUCGCGAACGUCAUCCUCUGCUCGGGUACGAUUUUAACGAGCAUAUGACAUUACCCAAGCGUGUGCGGAAGCGGCUAUCGUUUGCCCAGCAGAAUGCAGCAUUUAUGUAUCAAAAUGCUGGCAAAAGUAAGAAGUCAAAUACAACUACGGAAGACACUACAGUGACAUCAACUGAUGACGCAAACCAAUCAGUCGUUCAAUCCACUCCAACUAAAACCAAGAAACGGAAACAUCCGUCCGAUGUGGGAGUUGCGGUAACAGUUAAGCAGGAAUCAGUGUCACCGAAGAGAAAAAAGGGUAAAAAUGAUGAUGAAGAACAAACAGUAAAUGGAAAAAAAGAACAAGGGAUAGAGGAUGAUAUUUCCUGGCUGCUGAAUAUUUAG